AUGGAAGUUGAUGAAACUGAUGAUGGGGCAAGCCAAGCGAGCCGGAGCACUACACCGAGUGAUCGGCCUGGGGCACCCUUGGACAGCGCGUCACGGUCGACAAACGAUCCUUUACCAAAUGAUUCGGUCGGUAUAUUUUCACCGGGCUCACCAUCUUCGCUCGAAGGGCCUCGCACUACAAGCAGCAUUUCUGUAGCAAGCCUGCUGCGAAAUCCGUUGCCGGAGAGGGGUACCCGACGCUAUUCUCGGGAAGCGGUUUCCCUGUCGCAGAGAGAAGCUCGGCUCGUGCACCACUACUCGGAACAUCUUGGCCGCUGGCUCGACUGCACAGAUGCAACACGCCAAUUCACUCUAGGAGUACCGGAGAAGGUCAGGUACUGUCCUGUCCUCUGCCAUGCCGUCCUGUCGUUCGCAGCUCGCCACCAGAGGGAAGACGCCGCUGCUGACGCUGCAUACCAACGCUGCAUUGCUUUGAUCAUCGAUCGGCUGAACGAGCCGGCAGCGAGCCACGAUGAGACGUUACUAUGCGCCAUUGUCAUUUUGCGGUUCUAUGAGCAGCUCAACGUACCUUCUUCCACAGGCUCAGAUGCCGGACAGCAUCUAGCAGGGUCUUCAGCAAUACUGCGCGCCUCUCAAGGUAACCACUACGUAGAUCCUUCAGCGCCAACUCUCCGUGAAGCUGCUUUCUGGGUCUACGUCCGUCAGUGUCUCUACACAGCUACCAUCAAUCAGCAACCACCCGACAUAGACUUCUCACUGCAGCUGCACCCCACACCAGGCUCAAUGCAAGACUCACAUCCGCUAGCGCGCUUAAGGCUGGAAACUGCCUGGGCUAAUCAGAUGACAUGGAACACAGCUCUGAUUGUGAACUUUUGUUUCGAAGCAGACCCGUCAAUGGAGCGCAAUAGCAGAAUUGAUCGAUGGCAUGAGCUCUGGGAUCUCGUCCAAAAAUGGGCUCAAGACAGGCCUGGAGGCUUUGAUACUAUCUGGCACGGACCGGCUGGCGAGGACGGGAAUAGCUGUUUUCCGCAAAUGUGGUUUACGGCCGAUUGGCACGCUGUGGCGUUUGGUCUGUACCACUUUUCCUGCAUCAUGCUCCUCAGUUUCAAGCCAGGGCCGCGGUUUGCCAUUCGGAACGUUGGGAGAUUGUCAAGCACUGACUUGAGUUAUCCCCACACGGCUACCUCGAGAGGCUCACUAAUUGUAUCAGCGUCAGAUUUUGGAGCAUGCACGCGCAAUAUGCGGCUCUUGUAA